AUGAUGAUCUCCAUCUCCACGUUCUGGAGCGACGUUGCUGUCCCCAUUGCUCUGGAGGACAUUAGCGUCGGAGAGAAAGGAAUACCGGCAACGCCGUCGUUCAGCGGGGCUGAUGUCAUGUUGAUGACCGGGUUGCGAACCUGGCGGUAG